AUGGUCCACAAGCCUACCCCCAGUCCUAGCUCUGCUAGCGACACCGUUCGCUGGGAAGAGACUGAUGUUCUCAUUGUUGGCUCCGGUCCAAUCGGUGCCACCUUCGCUCACACCCUCGUCAAGAAGGGCAUCAAGGUUACCAUGAUCGAUAUCGGCCAACAGGAAACUCGACGCAUCGGUGAUCAUAAGAAGAACAGCGUUGCAGUCCAGAAGGAUAUCAGCUUGUUCACCAACACUGUUAAGGGAGAAUUGCACCCACUCUCUGUGCCAACCAAUACGGCACGACCUGUCAUGGAACCAGCAUCCUGGGCUCCUCGACCUACCGACUCGGCCUACGUCCUCAAUGGCCAGAACCCAGACCAGAAAUCUUACGGCAACCUUCCUGCCGCAGCUGCGACUCGUGUCGUCGGCGGUAUGGGAUCUCACUGGACAUGCUGCACCCCUCGACAGCACAAGGUGAUCGAACGCUCUGACCUUUUCAGCGAUAGUGAAUGGAACACUCUUUACGGCCGGGCUGAGAAGCUCUUCGAGAAGACCGACGAUGCUUUUGACGACUCUGUCCGCCAGAAGCUCGUCAAGCGUGUCCUCACCGAGGCGUAUCCGGAUCGUGAGAUGAAGAGCAUGCCCCUAGCUUGCAAGCGAAAGCACGAUAACAAGGAGUAUGUCGAGUGGUCUUGCACUGCUACCAUUCUCGGAGAACUCUCAAAGCCUGAGUACUUCUAUAAGGGCGAGGAACGACUGUUUGACAUGAGACCUAACACUCAGUGCGACAAGCUGGAACUGGACCUUGAUGGUCAAAUUGCUUGGGCUUUGAUCAAUGACCUUGAAACGAACCAGCCGUACUAUAUCCAUGCCAAGAAGUAUGUUGUAUGUGCUGGAGCUGUGCUAACACCCGGAAUUCUCCACAAGUCUGGACUAAAGCCGAAGCUUCCAGCUUUGGGCCACUACCUGACUGAGCAGCCGAUGGCUUUCUGUCAAGUCGUUCUCGAUAGGACAUUGGUCAACAGUGUCGAGGGCGAAGAUGUCGUCAAAGCGCACAGAGAAAAUCAUGGAAAUGAUCCUCUCCCUUUCCCUUUCAACGAUCCGGACCCUCAGGUUUAUUUCCCGGUGUCCGAGAAGUAUCCUUGGCACACUCAGAUCCAUCGAGAUGCCUUCGGGUAUGGAGAGGUCCCAUCCAACAUCGAUCAACGCCUUGUAGUCGACCUACGCUGGUUUGGCUACAUGAAACCUGAUCAAGAAAACUGUGUCACAUUUUCUAACAAGACGAAGGACCAAUUUGGGAUGCCUCAGCCAACCUUCAACUUUGUCUUGGACGAGGAGGCUGAAGAGCGUUGCAAGCGAAUGAUCACCGACAUGAUAGAGGUUGCUAGGAAGCUUGGAGGUUUCCUUCCCGGUGCAGAGCCCAAGUAUCUCGCUCCUGGAUCCGCCCUUCAUAUCUGCGGCACAUACCGCGCGGGAAGCACUCCAGCUGACAGCGUUGUCAACAAGAACGGCAAGGCUUGGGGUGUCAAUGAUCUUGUUCUUGGAGGUUGCGGUGUCAUUCCUACCCAGAAUGCUUGCAACCCUACUCUCACUGCUGCUUGUUUCGCUCUUGCAGCUGCUGACAAGAUCAUUGAAGAUCUUCACGUCGACCAGUGA